UCCAGAACUCACUGUGCGCGAAGCGAUGCGCUUCAUCCGGACGCGCGCUCAUCCAUGCAGCGGAGAGAGAAGUGGAUCUGACCGCUGAAGAGGGUAUUUCCUCCCGUUACUCAACCAAUGUGAUACCCUCCGGCUCUUCGGGAGAGGUGUUCCUCUGUCGUCUCGAUUGUCUUCACCUUGUUUACUCUUAACAGCAAUAUUUAUUCGCAUCCCGAGAAUAAUGGAAGCGCUUGCGACGAGAUGCGCACUCUUUCUUGCGCAGAUCGCACUCUUCAGCAAUACAGAUCUAUCAGAAGCAUAUGGAUUCAGAUCACAGAAGAAACUCUCAGAGAACAUAGACUGGUCAUACGCGGGAACUCUAAACCAAAAUAACUGGGCAAAGAAAUACCCGUCAUGCAACAAUGCCAAACAAUCACCAAUAAACAUUGAGGAGAGCCUGGCGCAGGUCAAGAUUCAAUAUCAGAAGCUGAGAUUAGAGGGAUGGGCGGAAAAGACAUUAGAGUCCACUAUAGUAAAGAAUGACGGGAAAACAGUGGCCAUUGAUGUGGGAGGAGAUUUUUUUGUGAGUGGAGGGGGUCUCAGGUCCAAGUUUAAGGUGGGACGUAUCACUUUCCACUGGGGCCUGUGCAAUGCCUCCUCUGAUGGGUCGGAGCACGGCCUCAACGGUGAAAAAUUCCCCCUGGAGAUGCAGAUAUACUGUUACGAUGCAGAUGUUUUCAGUGGCCUCGACGAGGCCCUCAGCGCAGGAGGAAAGAUCACAGCGUUGGCCGUGCUGUUUAAGAUAAGCACUGAAGAUAAUGAAAACUACAUGGCCAUCGCUGAUGCAGUCAACAGUGUCAGCCGUUAUGGAAAGAGUGGCCCCAUCUCUCCGUUCACUCUGCAGGGUCUCCUGCCCAACUCCAUAGAGAAGUACUUCAUCUAUAACGGCUCUCUGACAACCCCACCCUGCUCUGAGACCGUGGAGUGGAUCGUCUUCAAAAACACUGUGACCAUCUCAGAUGUUCAGCUGGAGAUGUUCUGUGAGGUGAUGACCAUGCAGCAGUCUGGAUAUGUCAUGCUUAUGGACUAUCUGCAGAAUAACUACAGAGAGCAGCAGGAGCAAUUUAUGGGACAAGUCUUCUCAUCCUACACUGGCGUCGAGGAGGUCCACACUCCUAUUUGUAGUUCCGAGCCUGAGAAUGUGCAAGCCAACCCUCAUAAUCACACCAGCAUGAUUGUGAUCUGGGAGAGGCCACGGGCUGUUUAUGAUUCGAGCAUAGAGAGAUACUCAGUCACCUACCGGCCGGCCCAGGGCGAUGAUGAAUCGGCCUUAGAGUACUUGACUGAUGGAGACCAGGAUGUGGGGGCGAUCAUUCAAGGCCUGGUGGCCAACACUAGUUACAAGGUGCAGGUAGUUGCCGUGUGCACCAAUGGUCUGUAUGGCAGAGUGAGUGACCAGCUGACCGUGGACAUGCCCCUGGAUGAUCCUGAAACAGACAAUGACUCCGACUCUUUUGAGUAUGAUGAAGAGGAAGACUAUCACAUCAAUCCUUUUUUGAUCAGACCUGGCACAAAUCAGCUUCUAUAUCCCUUCCAAACCACUUCCACUGGCCCAAGAUUUACUACAACACAGCGCCCGGUCCAUCCAGUCUUCAAGACUACACCAAGGACUAAUGAAAGAAGACUCCCGGUAGAAGAUUCCCAGAAGACACAUGAUCAUUAUAUUCCAGCAGUAUACACAGAUAAACCUACUGUGAAAUACACAGACCAACCUACCGUCCACGCAAGCAUAACCACGAGUUUUGUUGUUGAUGUACAUACCACUAGACCAGAUGGCUCGAGCAUUGUAGCUGGUGUAGCCUCAGAGUCUGGCCAAAGCAAUGCCUUCACAGAGUCUCCAACAAGCAUCACCCCUGAAACAAACAUCAUCCCUGAAACAAGUGGCACCUCUGAAACCAUUUUUACCCCUAAAAUAGGCAGAACCCUCGAAACAAGUGUUACGCUUGAAACAAGCAGAAACCUUGAAACAAGUGUUACCCCUGAAACAAGCAGAACCAUUGAAACAAGUGUAACCCCUGAAACAAGCAGAACCAUUGAAACAAGUGUAACCCCUGAAACAAGUGUAACCCUUGAACCAAGUAUUACCCAUAAAACAAGCAGAAUCAUUGAAGCAAGUGUAACCCUUGAAGCAAGCAUUACCCCUAAAACAAGCAGAACCCUUGAAACAAGGGUUACCCCUGAAACAAGCAGAACCCUUGAAACAAGGGUUACCCCUGAAACAAGCAGAACCCUUGAAACAAGUGUAACACUUGAAACAAGGGUUACCCCUGAAACAAGCAGAACCCUUGAAACAAGUGUUACCCCUGAAACAAGCAGAACCCUUGGAACAAGUGUAACCCUUGAAACAAGUGUUACCCCUGAAACAAGCAGAACCCUUGAAACAAGUGUAACCCUUGAAGCAAGCAUUACCCUUAAAACAAGCAGUACCUUUGAAACAUUUGUAAUCUCACCUUCGUUAGACAUUUCUAAGGUUGAGGAAGUGACUCAACCUGUAACUGACUCACACAGCUAUGGGGAAAUUUCAGUGACUGUAGCUCCAUUGCCUGAAAUCCCAGUGGAAUCAACUUCCUUUGCCUUCCCCCCAGAGGUCCCUCUGUGGCCUACAACUGCUAGUUUGCCUUUUCCAACCACUGCCACUUUCAGCACUGUUCUGUCGCAGACCACCCAGCCAGUGUUUAAUGGUGAGAGUGCCUUCUCUGUAUCUGACACCUUGUCCUACGUGCAUGCAAGUCCUGUGUCCUCCUAUUCCUUAAGCAGUGUUUUGUCUGAGCCCAUCCCUGACUGGGACAUCCCGUACACUGUUUCCUUGCUGGUGUAUGGUGGUGCACAGUCUAUCACCCCUUCCCCUUCCUACCCUACCCUACUCCUCACCGGCUCUGUGUCUUAUUUAGACAUGGAGCCUGUCUCUAGUGGUGAUUGUAAUGAUGAUGAUGGUGAUGAUGAUAUUUUAUCUGGGUCCAUCUCCGGUGACCCUCAGUGUAGAAGUACUCUUCCCCUUCAAACGUUACCAGAGGUGACUGCUUCUGUGAUCUCCAUGCAGCCAAGCUCUGAACAUGACCUCUUUGAGUCCCUCAGUAUUGUCUCCACCCUGAGCACUCUUGCACAUCUCCAGCCUUCGGUUCCCGUUUCUAACGACUACUCUCUGAAGACGACAACCCUUGACUCUGACUCUUCUCUCUCAGGUAGCGUUAAGGACUCUAGACUGCUGACAGAAUGGGUAGAUUCUUCUCUAGUAGCUCUUACAUUUAGUCAAGACAGUGGUGCAUCUACUGAAAUCUCUCUGCAUGCCUCUUCUAAUUUCCUAUUGCCCUCCUCUACUUCGGGACUGUCCCCACGUAGUGGACUCUUGGCUGACCCAGCUAGUCCUGUAGAGCACCAUUCGUUUCUGUCCACCUCCAGUGCCGGAAUUCUUCUAUGCAGGGACGCAGACUUGGUCCUCCGCACAGAGGCUCUUUUGUCUUCUCUUCCCAUUUCCACUAUGCCUUCUAGUGACCUCAGCAUUUCUGUUUCAGCCACUGUCAGCAGCGAUGCACAAAAAAUAACUGGACAGUCCCAGGGAGCAUCUGUUCCCAUAAGGUCUUCGACUAUUGUGCCAACCUCUACUCCAGAAUUCAUAUUUAUACCUACUCCUGUGGUGCCUCCAACUGUUGCGGUUUCCUCUGCUCCAGAAUCUAGUUCCAUGCCUACCCACUCUGCAGAUGGGCAGCUGGAGAACAGUGCCUCAGGCUGGGCUCUCGACUUAGACUGGGGCCAGAGCUCAGCAUCAGGAGAUGAGAGUAUUGUUCCAUACAUCACCACUGCUACUCCUACAGAGGUACCUCCUGAUGAGACAGAUGAUGGGAACGAGGAACACUCUUCCUCCUUUUACUUUGAGGGAGAGAAUGGGACAGAUAGUGAAUCUACUGAGUUUAGAGUCACUCUGCACCCCAGCCCAUCCUGGACACUAAGAGGAAGUGGAGAAGAGGAGAGCGGAUCAGGUGAAAACCUCACAGAUAACGAGACAUCUUCAGACUUCAGUAUCCCAGAACGCACUGAGAGGGAUUCAGAGGAGGAACCAGUGGAAGACGCCAGUAACAGUAGUCAUGAGUCGCGGGUGGGCCUAGCGAGCAGCAAAGAGCGCCAGAAGAAGGCUGUGAUUCCUCUGGCUGUGGUCUCCACCCUCACCUUCCUGGGUCUCAUUGUUUUGAUUGGCAUUUUUAUCUACUGGAGGAAAUGUUUUCAGACUGCUCAUUUCUACAUUGAAGACAGCACAUCACCCAGGGUUAUAUCCUCCUCACCAUUACUGAGCCCUACAGGUGAACACGAACCCCAGUCAGUAAAACAAUUUGUGAAGCACGUGGCUGAGCUUCACAACACCAACUCAUUUUCUAGAGAGUUUGAGAUAUUGAAAGAGUAUUUCGAGGAAGUUCAGACGUGCACCGUGGACCUCGGAACAACAACAGACCGUUCCAGCCAUCCAGACAAUAAGAGCAAGAACCGAUACGUCAACAUUUUAGCCUAUGAUCACAGCAGAGUGCGACUCGCUCCCCUGAACGACAAAGAUGGGAGAAGCGGAGGGGACUAUAUAAACGCCAACUAUGUUGAUGGUUUUAACAAACAGAAAGCCUACAUUGCAGCACAAGGGCCCUUAAAGUCCAGCACAGAGGAUUUCUGGCGGAUGGUGUGGGAGCAGAACGUGGGAGUGAUUGUUAUGAUCACCAACCUGCUGGAGAAAGGAAGGAGGAAGUGUGACCAGUACUGGCCUCUGGAGAACCAGGAAGGGUAUGGAUGUUUUCUGGUUACUGUAAAGAGCACAAACGUCCUCGCUUACUACACCCAGAGAACCUUCACCGUCAGAAAUACCAGCAUAAAGAAGGGUUCUCAGAGAGGUCAUAGUAACGAGAGGAUGGUAAUACAUUACCACUACACACAAUGGCCUGACAUGGGCGUACCGGAGUACGUCUUGCCUGUGCUUUCAUUCGUCUACAAGUCCUCUAGAUCCCAAACUGAGCACAUGGGGCCAAUGAUUGUACACUGCAGUGCUGGAGUGGGCCGAACAGGGACCUACAUAGUGUUGGACAGCAUGUUAAAACAGAUUAAAGCCCAGGGGACAGUCAACAUUAUGGGAUUCCUCAAACACAUUCGAACACAACGGAAUUAUCUAAUUCAAACAGAGGAGCAAUACAUCUUUACCCAUGAUGCUCUAGUAGAAGCCAUUUUGAGUCAAGAGACAGAGGUGCCAUCAAGUCAUAUUCAUCAGUAUGUUAACAACCUCCUAACCCCAGGAGCCUCGUGCAAGACACGACUGGAAAAGCAGUUUAAACUGGUGUGCCAGCCGAAUGCCAAACAGAAUGAUUACAGCAGUGCCCUGAAUGACUGCAACAGAACGAAGAACAGGAGCUGCUCUCUCAUUCCUGUGGAGAAAUCCCGAGUGUGUCUGUCCACUUCAGCAGGAGAGACGUCAGACUACAUCAACGCCUCGUAUGUCAUGGGUUAUCAGCACAGCAAGGAGUUCAUCAUUACCCAGAAUCCUUUGCCCAGCACAGUGAAGGACUUGUGGAGGAUGGUGUGGGAUCACAACGCCCAGAUUAUUGUUUCAUUGCCGGACACGAGUAGCACGACAGAAGACAGCGAGCCAAUCAUAUUCUGGCCAGCGAGAGAUCAGCCAAUCAGCUACGAGACAUUCUCUGUGUCAUUAAAAGGGGAGGGCCACAUGUGCCUAUCCAGUGAAGAUUUGUUAAUAGUGCAGGAGUACAUCCUGGAGGCCACACAGGAUGAUUUUGUUCUAGAAGUGAAGCAUUACCGGGCUCCACACUGGCCAAACCCAGACAGUCCCAUCAGUAACGUCUUUGAGCUGAUCAACAUCAUCCAAAAAGAGUCCUGCUCCAAAGAUGGACCUAUGGUCGUACAUGACGAGUGUGGUGGUGUGACUGCUGGAACGUUCUGUGCACUGUUCACUCUACUGCAACAGCUGGAGGCCGAGCGCGCGCUCAACGUCUACAUGGUGGCCAAGAUGAUCAACCUCAUGAGGCCUGGGGUCUUCACUGACAUGGAUCAGUAUCAGUUCCUCUACAAAGCCAUUCUGAGUUUGGUCAGCACCCAAGAAGACGAGCGAGCGCUUCAGUCCUCCGAUAACAACGGCACGGUCCCAGGAGGCGUCUCGAGUGCGGCCGAGAGUCUGGAAUCCUUGGUGUAACCAUAGUGACGAGCCGGCACAGGAAAAAGACUGUGUUUCUUUUCUUUUUCUAGCAAAGAAAGCUCUUGUUUUUCCCAGUCCAUCUCUGAACUGAUGGCGCUCUGCUGGAUGCAGCGCCGGCAUUUAAUGAGUGCCUUUGUACACUAUACGUUUUUAUUCAUCGUUUCUCUCUUAAAUCGCCACCUUCUGCUAAUGUCUUAUGUACUAAUGUCUUCUCAUAGAGUCAUAUUUAUUGGCUUAAAAGCUUGUUUAAAGGGAAAACACCUUUUUUUUUUUUUUUUAAUAAGACUGUUUUUUAUUAGUCUAUUUUUUGUAGUUGAAUCUCAGCCACUGUUUUUUUAUACAUCUAUACAAAGAAAGUGGGAAAAUCAGUCAUGGAUAAAGGGCAGGAAAUAAUAUUCUAAUGUGUAAAUAAUAAUAUUACAGCAACCACGUCGAUGGACCAAAUUUCUAUUUAUGUCUAGAAUUUUAUAUUUGAGGCACUAGUGCUGUAAGACAAGGCUGUAUUUGAAUAAUUUAGUCACAUUUGAAAUGUUUUAAUAUUUCUGAUGCCGCGCUGUUUUGUUACUGACGUAAGAUGACGCGUUACAUACUGACACUGUGUAGCUGUACGAGAAGUUUUUGUCUGUUCGUAGGAUUAAACGAAUCAAGAAAGCACGCAAGGAGACUGGUCUUGUGUUUACUCUUGGAUAUUUCAUAUGUUUAGAAAUGCAUAGACUUUAUAAUUCCUGUUUUUUAAAUCUCUUAAAGUUUUCCCCGUUCACUUUCAUUUUAAGUUUAAAAAAGAAAAACGAGAUGAAUCAACAUUUUAUUUUAAACCCAAAACACUAAUUGCAUAUGUAGCGUUUUCAAAUAGCCUUGUGCAUUUUUGUUACC